AUGGCUCACAAGCUCACUUUCACCCCCGUGCUUUUGGCAACAGUACUUGGCAUGAUGCUCUGCAUUUUGGCAACUCUGGUUUCCUCCGGUACUUCUCAAUAUCAACCUCUCUCAGAGGAUGAAAUGAAAUCUCUCUUCACUCAAUUCACUCACAAACACAACAAGUUCUAUCAAGGACCAAAAGAAUAUCAACAACGUUUUGAAAUCUUUUCUCAAAAUGUUGAAAAGAGUCGUCAAAUGAACAUUUUGGAGGGCCGCAACACGUAUGGAGUCACUAAAUUCAGUGAUCUCUCACCUGAAGAAUUUUCCAAGUAUUACUUGAUGAAACCAAAAACUCCACAACAAGUUCGACAAUUAAUGAAUCGAAAUGGAGUAUUGCCAAUUUCUAAAGUUUCACAACAACAAGUUCGUGAUGCUCCAAAGGUAGAACAACAACUUGUGGAUUGUGAUCAUAAUUGUGUCAUUUUCGAAAAUCAACAAUCAUGUGACGAUGGAUGCAAUGGUGGACUUCAAUGGAGUGCCUAUCAAUACAUCAUUCAAGCAGGUGGUAUUGCCUCUGAAGAUGCUUAUCCUUAUUAUGCUGAAUCUUACAAGUGUACUGUGAAAAACUCUCAAUUUGUUGCAAAACUUCAAAAUUGGACCAUGUUAUCAACCAAUGAAACUGAACUUGCAGCUUGGUUGGCUGAAAAUGGACCAAUUGCUGUUGCAUUGAAUGCAGAUUGGUUACAAAAUUAUAAUAAUGGAAUUGGUGAUCCAGCAUGGUGUGAUCCAACGCAAUUGGAUCAUGGUGUCUUGUUAGUGGGAUAUGGAGUGGAGACUUUUUGGUUUGGAUCUCCAGAACCUUAUUGGAUUGUUAAGAAUUCAUGGGGUGAAGAUUGGGGUGAAAUGGGAUAUUUCCGUAUCAUCCGAAAUAAGGGAAGAUGUGGUAUCAACACUGUUCCUUCCACUUCUGUUGUGUAA